GGGCUUGAAGACCUGGAGGGCUUCUCGUUUCGGUUCAGAGAAGAGAGAGAGAGAGAGAGAGAGAGAGAGAGAGAGAGAGAGAGAGUGAGCUCAGAGCGGGAGAAGCAUUCGGCAAGAAAACCUUAGGCUUUUCUUUUUUCGGUUCAGAGACAAAAAAACGAGGACAGAGAGUGGGACGGUGGUCGCAGGGAAGGAGGCUGAGAGCUAUUCUCAGGGGAAAGCGGAGAUACGUAGAGAUAAAAGGAUCGACGAGGAUAAACAAAGUCACCUGAGUUGUGUUCGGGUCGAUUCAAACUUGCAGCGAGAGGAACUUUAAUUUACAGGGAUGGCUGAGGAAGAGCUAAGCGUCAAUGGCAUCAAGUCUCCACGAGGGGGCAAACAGAAAUCAAGCAACAAGAAGGCAAAGAGGCGAGAAAGUAUAAGGGAAAGAGGAUUGUUGGAUAAAAGUUUAGAUGCUGUAGAAGAAGCAGAAGAAGAAAUUAAAAAAAAGGGUACCAUAGAGGGACAAGAUACAGAUAUUAUUGUUGAAAUGAGAGAAAAUAAGGGAGAUAGUGGCAGCGGAAAAAAGCAUAAGAAUAAAAGGAAAAAGCAUGUGUUGAUUGAAAAAGAUGAUGUUGAGGAAGAACUAGAAGUUGAUACAGAAGGGGUCCCGGGAGAAAUGAAAUUGAGCUCUAAUAAUCGAAUUUCGGAAUGUGGAGAAAGCAAAAGGAAGAAGCAAUUAUUAAACCAAGCUGCUAUUUGUGAAGGAGGAAGAAUAAGUGGAGCAAAUCCUCUGCCGGAAGGAAACCUGAAAUUGAAUGAUGGAAAUGCAAAAGGACAGAGAGAUAAAGGGGAAAAUCAAGAGGUUGAUGGAGAGAAUCUUGCAGGAGAUAGGAAUAAAACAUCUAUUGAUGAGGGUUUGGAAAGCUUGAAAGAUCUAGAAUCUUGUGGUGGAAAGACAGGUAGUAAGACGAACAAAAUGAAAGAAAAAUUAUUGGAAGAAGCUAUUAAGGCUAAUAAUCGGGGGGUUUGCUACCUGAGUAGAAUUCCUCCACAUAUGGAUCAUGUGAAACUUCGUCAAAUUCUUUCUCAGUUUGGAGAAAUACAACGUAUUUAUCUUGCACCUGAAGAUCCUUCAAGCCAGGUCCAUCGGAAGCGAGCUGGUGGAUUUCGAGGACAAGUAUUCUCAGAAGGGUGGGUUGAGUUCACCAAGAAAAGCAUAGCGAAAAGGGUUGCUAACAUGUUAAACGGUGAACAAAUUGGUGGGAGAAAGAGGUCAGCAUUCUAUUAUGAUCUCUGGAAUAUCAAGUACUUGAGCAAAUUCAAAUGGGAUGAUCUUACUGAAGAAAUUGCUUAUAAGAAUGCCGUCAGAGAGCAGAAACUACCCUUAGUACUUUCUGCUGCAAAGAGGGAGAAGGAUUUCUAUCUAUCUAAAGUUGAAAAAUCCCGAGCUUUGAGUGCUAUAGAAGAACGAAUGAAGAAGAAGCAAAAGUCUCAACAAGAAACAGGAACCGACAAUGAACCCCCUGUCGGCCAGCCAAAGGUGAUUCGACAAUUCCCGCAGACAAAACCAGUUAAGAAAGAGGAUCCAUCACAGGGCAAACCCAGGCUCUCCAGAGAUAUCCUGGCUGGGAUAUUUGGUGGAUCU